AUCCCUCCCUCCCUCCCGGAACGCGCAGAAGGAUCUCAAGGCGCACACAUCUGCUGAGUGGAGCGAACGUCCAGUCCGACCUCAGCUCUGCCUUUAGGUGACUUUCCUGUGCGAAACCGGUUCUUUGAAGGACGACACAUUUUUCGAGCUUGUCUGUUUGAACGCAAGCGAAGCAAACAGACUCCACGUCUUCUUCAAAUGGGAAUUACAUGCGCGCGUAAAACUUUGGCACACUAUUUCGCUCGGUGAAUUUCGGAGCCCCUUUCUUUCUAGAAUCAUGCCGGAGCGAAUAAGUAUUUCGGAUUUUGUCGAGCUGACAAACGAGGAUUUGUCUUCGCCCGGAACUUCCAGCUUCCAGUCCAAGAUGAGCGACUGCAAGAACACCGUGUCAGCCGUGGAAGAGUGUCUGGAGACGGACAACUCAACUCUGCACAGGAUGAAGAAGACGAUUAAAGCAAUACACACGUCUGGACUCUCACACGUGGAAAACAAAGAGCAGUACAUUGAGGUGAUGGAGAACUUGGGGAACAGCCACCUGAGUCAGGACAACAAUGAAAUCUCCACAGGCUUCCUGAACUUGGCCGUUUUCACCAGAGAGGUCACGUCCCUCUUCAAAAACCUGGUCCAAAACCUCAACAACAUCAUGGCGUUUCCUCUGGAAAACGUGCUGAAGUCUGAACUCCGGGACAGCAGAUUAGAGCUGAAGAAACACAUGGAGAAGAGUUGGAAGGAUUAUGACAUAAAAUUAGGGAAGCUGGAGAAGGAAAGAAGGGAGAAGACGCGGCAGCUGGGGGUGAACAGGAGAGACGGAUCAGACGGAGGGGAGGACAUGGAGAGGGAGAGGAGGAUUUUCCAGCUGCAGAUGUGUGAGUAUCUGUUGAAGAUCCAAGAGCUGAAGGUGCGCCAGGGACCCGAUCUGCUCCAAAGCCUCAUCAAAUAUUUCCAGGCCCAGCUCAGUUUUUUUCAGGAUGGGCUGAAAGCUGCAGAGAAUCUCACUCCAUUCAUUGAGAAACUUGCUUCUUCUAUUCACACGAUACGCCUGGAGCAGGACGAGGAGGUAAAAAAACUCCUUCAGCUGAGGGAUUCUCUCAGGUUACUUCUGCAGGUCGAGGGCAAAGAGGAGUAUCUGAACCGGAAGAAUUCUGGGAAUGGCUACAGCAUCCACCAGCCACAAGGAAACAAGAAAUAUGGGACUGAGAAAUCUGGCUUCCUUCAAAAGAAGAGCGACGGGAUCAGGAAAGUUUGGCAGAGGAGGAAAUGUGGAGUCAAAUUUGGAUACUUGACUAUUUCCCACAGUACGAUCAAUCGACCUCCAGCCAAACUGAACCUUCUGACCUGUCAGGUGCGGCCCAACCCGGAGGACCGGAGGACAUUUGAUUUGGUUACUCAUAAUCGGACUUAUCACUUCCAAGCAGACGAUGAGCAGGAAUGUCUGAUCUGGGUGUCCGUGCUGCAGAACAGUAAGGAGCAGGCCCUGAACACGGCGCUGGGAGGAGAUCAGCUCCACGUGCAGGACAGUGGCCUGCAGGAACUUUCACAGUCCAUCAUCGCAGAUCUGCGACAGAUGCCAGGAAACGAGGCGUGUGCAGACUGCGGGGCGCCAGACCCAACAUGGCUGUCCACCAACCUGGGCAUCCUGACAUGCAUUGAAUGCUCUGGCAUCCACAGAGAUCUGGGAGUCCAUUACUCCAGGAUUCAGUCGCUCACUCUGGAUCUGCUCAGCACCUCAGAGUUACUGUUGGCCGUCAGCAUCGGCAACACCAGGUUUAAUGACAUCAUGGAGGCAGGGCUCCCCAAUGACUCUGUCAAACCGUUACCACAGAGUGACAUGAAUGCCAGGAAGGAGUACAUAGUGGCAAAGUAUGCCGAACGUCGGUACGUCCUCCGCAGGGAAGAGUCAGAUCCGGGUCGCCUGUACGACGCGGUGAGGAGCCGGGACCUUGUUUCGCUUCUGCAGCUCUAUGCCGAGGGAACAGACCUGGCCAAGCCGCUGGUGCUCCCUGAAGGACAGGGAGUCAGAGAAACGGCUCUUCACCUCUCCGUUCGUCUGGAGGAGAGAAGCUCUCUGGCGCUGGUGGACUUCCUCUGUCAGAACAGCAACUGUCUGGAGAAGAAAACAACAGAAGGGAACACGGCUCUUCACUACAGCGUCCUGCACCACAAUCCUGAAUCACUCAAGCUGCUUCUCAAAGCAAAGGCUUCUAUUCAUGCAGUGAACUCAAGCGGAGAAACGGCUCUAGACAUCGCAAAGAGGCUGCAGUACACUCACUGCAUUGAGCUGUUGGAGCUGGCCCAAAGUGGGAAGUUCAACUCUCAGAUCCAUGUGGAGUACAUGUGGGAGAGUCAGUCUCAGGAGUUCUAUGACAGCGAGGAUGACCUGGAUGAGAGAGUGAGUCCGUUACCCAAAAACCGCUCUCCUCCAUCAAACGGAGGUGGUGGAUCUGCCUUUGCCCAGUGGACAGCCAGCAAUGGCACAAGUCCAGGUAUCAGGCCCUGUCAGACCUAUGAGAAUCUGGACUUCCUGUACAAGAAUCCUCCUGCCAACAGCGCCCCCCCUGGAGCAUCUCUGCCACCACCGCUGCCAGCCAAAUCAGUCCUAAGAGGCCGCUCAGACCCGCAGAUUUCAGUCACAACAGCCCAGGAUGGAGCCCACAUCCUGCGCCGCUGCUCCAACCCGUCGUCCCACUCGUCCAGCCCUCAGACUCAAACGAAACACGGCUCCUCUUCGUCAACUACAGAAACCCAGAGUAACAGUGGGAGAGCCCAACGGUCCUCACAUGGACAAGGAGGUCUGCAAAGAUCGCACAGGCAGACCUGGGACGGCCAGACCCCUCAAAGUGUCUCACAGGCAUCCAAUCAGAAUCACGGUGGACCAGUCAGCUCAGAGAAGACCACCUCCUAUCGGCGCACCAGCACCGGAGGCGGCAGCUUCGGAAAGGGCAACGUGGGCUCUCUGGCGCCGCCCUGCGUGGGCAGCCAGGAGGAGCUGUACUGCAGCCUGGUGGGGAACGGAAACGGCUCGGCUCCGUCUCCAGCGCCUUCGUCCUCCCCCUCUGUGACUUGUGGUCCUCGCUCCCGCAGGAAUGCAAUGGUUUCGGUCAGCAGGCCACAGAAACGCGUAAAGGCUUUGGUGGACUGCCGAGCGGUCAGCGCCGAGCAGCUCGCCUUCUUCAAAGAUGAAGUCAUUGUGGUCACAGCCACUAAUGACCCCCACUGGUGGGUCGGCCAUAUUGAUGGCGACCCUUCCAGGAGUGGAACCUUUCCUGUCAACUAUGUGCACAAAGUAACAGAAUGAUGCUAGUUUGGACUUCAUCACCACAUGUGGGAAAGGAAAUACUGUUCUAUUCAUGGAUCCAAGUAAUCUGGGAAUAUUUUCACAACAGGAUCGACUGACCAAAGGACAUCUGCACGACGAAAUCGUCUUUUUUAGGGGACUAUUACUCAUCUCAGAAAGCAACAAAGAAACUGGAAACUUUUAUUUGUUGUCUUAAACUUGCAGUUGCAAAGAUAAAGCAAUGACUGUGAAUUGCUUUAAUGUUCUUUUAAAUAUUAAUCAAACAUUUGGGCUGCAGAUAUAUAAGCUGCCUGUAUUGAUAUUAGACUUGUGCAUAUAGGCAAAAUUUCCCUGCAGGACAAAAACCUCUUGAAGGCACUUUAAGUUUCAGAGGAAUCCUCUGAAGAGUUGGGAGAGCUGUAAAUGUUUAAUUAGCCAGGAGUCAGCUGCUUUAAUUCCCUCUGAACGGAAAAUGACAAGGAUUUGAAAUCACAGGUUAAUGAGUCAUAUGAGGUUCAGACCCGCCCAGUAUCUGCCGCAGACUGGUCCGGAUCGUGCCUGCCAGUCUGUCUCCAGUAAAACGUCGAUAUGUCUGCGUAGCCCAGCGAGAGAUCUGAAACUUUGGCUGAGCCGCGGCGACUCCGGGCCCAGGCUGGCUGCAGACGGAGGCCGGGAUCCUGUUUCCCGCUGCCUCCAGGCAUCAGUCCCCGGAGAACCUGGAGUAACAGCGGCGUGUUGGAGGGAAAAAUAAAUAUAAGAAGUCUCUGUCCGUCCAGGAAAUGGCACUUAAAGUGGACUUGCUAAUAACUGCACCCCAGCACAGUAAUUUCUUCGAGGUUUUUUCACUGUAAGGCCACAUUUUUCAUGCCACACAUGCACGCUUACACACAAGUCAGCUUCCAGGAGUCAGAAAGCUUUGUGGGAGAAAGGAUAUUUAUGAGUAAAUGAUGCACAUUUAUUUUCAUUUACACCAUUUCUUGUACAUAUUUGGUCAAACCUAACACACAAAGUUGAUACAAGGCGAGGACAUGCUCGUAAUAAAUGCCAAGUUCUGGUUAUAUAAAAUAUGCAAAUAAGAGGAAACAUGAAGUUUUUCCACCUUUAAUGUGAGAAAUAUCCUGUACAGUUCAGCUGGAAAAUACAUUUAUUAGUAGAAGAUAAUAUUACAAACUGCAGUAAUGUAAAUGCAUAAGUGUAUAGAUCUUUAAACUAAUACUAUUUUGUUUUCAGUCUUUGGUAAGGGUGUCAACAUCUGGAUUUGGUCAUAUUUGCCUUGUCUGCUUUUCUGAAAACGUGUCACAUCAUCACACAAACCUAAUUCAUUAGGUUAUUUCAAAUAUUCUGCCAUUUUUGCCUUUAAUUUAGAUGUUUGGACUGAAUGUGAUGUUAUGAAAUAAACCUGCUUCUCAUCCUCAGUUUUAGCCAGUCGAAGGUUUUUAGUGAACGGCAGUUUCAUCCCUCGUGACAAAAACACCAAGUUUCAUCUGAAGUGAAACUAACCCCACAGGAUGAUGCUGCCACCACUGUGUUUUGGUGAGGGCGUGCUGUUUUUUUGGUGAGGCCCAGAAGUUGAGCUUUGUGUUCAUAAGAUUAUAACAUCUUCUGCUUCAAAGUUUUUGAAAGACCUUUUAGAAGAAAAUUCUUCUGUAAAAUCUCUACAUUUGUCAAUUGUUUCUCGUCUUAAAAACUUUGUACUACAACCAAAAAUAAUAAUAAAAUGUUAACUGCUUUUAAUCCACUCUUCAAUAAAAAAGCCUUUUUUAUAGAAAAAGUUUCUAAACCUCAACAAGUUUUCUAUUUCGUAUGUGAUGUAGUAAAUUGUUUUGUACCCUUCUCCUGAAUGAUACCGUUUUAUCUCUUGAAAGUGAGAUCCUUUUAAAACUUUCUAACAACUCUGCCAAUAAUGACUUUCACUAAAUAGUGAGGAAAAUCCCUUUGGAACAAUUACAUUGUAUUUCCAGCUAAUUAGAUUCAUUAUAACUGGUUAUAUUCACUGGUUCAAAUUUUCUUUAAGCUGAAUGAAAUUGAACAGAUAAUAAAAAAUUGUAUGUCAAAUGGGCAUGAUAAUUAGUUUUAACUUUUAUUUUCUUUUUCCUUGAUUUUACUUUUGUUUGUUCAAAAUAAAUUAAAUAAAAGGUGAUUCAAUAAAGGGAUUGCAUACUUAUGCAACCAGGUUUGCUUAUAGGGUGAUUUCUAUAUAAAAUAUGUCAGAUUAAAGGUGGAAAACGUUUGAAAGUUAUUUAUAUCGGUCUCGGGGUUUUUUCCGUAGCACAAACAUUUAAUUGUGCCCACUUUCAACAUGCACUGUAUAUAUCCUGAAUAAUUGUUAUAUGUUGCUUGUUUUCCCACGUGAUAUGAAUUUUAAGGGACAGUGUUACUUUUUGUUUUUUAACUUAAUAUCACGUUAUUGUGCAACAUUUGCUUUGGUUAUCCACCUGACUGCUGGAGUCAGAAUAAUGGUGUAAAAGGGAAAUUUUCUAACUUAAACAGACGUGCAGUAAGGGGGUAAAAGCGUUUAGAAAGCUGGUUUGGAGUCUGCUAUUUCUGUUCACAUCAUCCGGUUACUGUGUUGGUUAUGAGGCAGAGAAACAUGGAAGUGUGAGGGAACAGAUGACUGCAGCAGAUUGUCACUCUCAGUGGGGACUGUGUGAAAUGUAAACAAGAAAUGAGCUCGCUUUAGUUUGUAACAUAUGCAUUAAACAUGUUUAAUGAAGCGCUUUGCUGUAAAUGAAGUCAUAUCUUUGUUUCUACUUACACAACAGAUGCUAAAACUAAAAACGUUAGUUACAUUA